AUGGGACGAUUUAAGGGGAAAAACCGAAGCCAGGCGCGGUGGAUUAUGGGAGGCGUUUCUAAAGGCCGCGGGAGCCGCAAACCGAGAAAGCCGCGUGAGGAGGGUAGGGCCAGCCAGACUGGGGCCCAAGCCUGUUCCCCGAGCCCGCGGCAGGAUGCAGUGCCGCCCUUCCGCUGGCCCAGCGAUGCUGAGUGUGCGUCCUCUACCCACAGCCCUGCUAUGUCCGGCUGCAAACUCCCCAUGGGCCUGUGCCCAGACAUGUGCCCGGCUGCCGAGCGCGCUCGACGCGAGCGCGAGCAUCGCCUGCACCGACUGGAGGUGGAGCCAGGCGGCCAUGGGAACGCUCCUCGAGCCGACCCGAGGCGCACAGUGAAGGAAUACAGUCGGCCGGCAGCGGGCAAACCCCGGCCCCCGCCAAGCCUGCUGCGGCCACCCCCGGUGCUCCUGGCCACCGUGCGCUACCUGGCCGGUGAGGUAGCCGGCCGCGCCGACGUGUCGUGCGCGGAGGUGGCGAGCUUCGUAGCCGACCGCCUGCGCGCAGUGCGGCUGGAUCUGUCGCUGCAGGGAGUGGGCGACGCGGACGCGGCGGCCGUGCUGGAGGCUGCGCUGGCCACGCUGCUGGCCGUUUUGGCUCAGGUGCGGCCAGAAGAGACGCGCGGAGCCGUGGACCCGGUGCUGCUUCAGACUCAGGUGCAGGAAGGCUUCGGUUCGCUGCGGCGCUGCUACGCGCGGGGCGGAACCCCGCACCCCCGCCAGGCUGCCUUUCAGGGCCUCUUUCUGCUCUACAACUUGGGUUCUGUGGAAGCCCUGCAGGAGGUUCUACAGCUGCCUGCCACCCUGCGUGCCUGCCCUCCCCUUCAGACUGCUUUGGCUGUGGAUGCUGCCUUCCGUGAAGACAACCAUGCCCGACUGUUUCGCCUGCUCCGCACCUUGCCCUACCUACAGAGCUGCGCAGUGCAGGAACACAUCGGCCAUGCCCGUCGCAAAGCCCUGGCCCGCCUGGCCCGUGCCCUGAGCACUCCUAAAGGACAGACCUUGCCUUUGGACUUCAUAGUACACUUUCUGGCCCUAGAUGGACUCCAGGAAGCACGAGACCUGUGCCAGGCCCAUGGGCUGACCUUGGAUAAAGACAGAGUUGUAUUCCUGAGGGGUCAAUACUCUGAAGAAGGACUCCCACCCCCUGGUACCUGCUACAUAUUAGUGGGAAGCAAGCUUCAGGGACACACCCUGGAGGAAGUGGUCAUGGCAGAGGAAGAUAAGGACAGUCACAGACCUGGAUCUCCAGCUUGAGAGGGUUUCAUCUCCCACGAGACCUGGAUCAGAGCUCCGUGGGCUCUGUCUCACAAUUCCCAAACAAUAAAAGGAAUUCAUUAUGGUUCCCAAACAAUAA